AUGCUGCGAAGGCCACAAGUCGAUGGACCGGCCCAUUUAAUUUACGCACAAUUGCACACACACAAUCAGGAUAAAGAAAAGCCCGUAUUGCUCACACCUCGAAAUGUGCCUCCAUUUUCUCGACUUCCCUUCCCCAAACACGCCAGAGCUCCCACUGUACUUCUCAAUUCCAAAGCUUCUAUACUCGGGCGGUUUUGGCCGGUGGUGUUGCCGCCAGCCGUCGGUCUCGUGACGGCGGCCACUUCUCAUCUAGUAGUGCUUGGUUUAGACGUUUCAUUGCGGGAGUCCUGUUUCAAUUUUUUGAAGAGUUCUGCCAGCCUCAGCCAUGUUGGUUGGGGAAGAAGAAGAGAAACUUCCCAUAAUAACUGCAGGUUUACACAAGUUGUAUCUUAUUAUAGCCUGAGAAGCCCACCGUACAAGCUUGAUGCACUAGAACCAUAUAUCAGUCAGAAAACUCUUGAAGUGCAUUGGGGGGCCCACCAUCGUGGUUAUGUAGAAGCUCUUAACAAACAGCUCGCAAAGAAUGACGUACUCUAUGGAUACACCAUGGAUGAGCUAAUCCGAGUGACGUAUAACAGCGGCAAUCCAUUUCCUGAAUUCAACAAUGCAGCUCAGGUAUGGAAUCAUGACUUCUUUUGGGAAUCAAUGCAACCUGGAGGCGGUAAAAUGCCAACUCUGGGCCUACUGCGGCAGAUAGAGAAGGAUUUUUCUUCAUUUGACAAUUUCAAAGAGAAAUUCAUUGAGGCAGUCCUCACCUCAUUUGCAUCUGGCUGGGUUUGGUUGGUCUUGAAGAGGAAUGAAAAAUGCCUUGCAAUUGUGAAGACAUCCAAUGCGGUGAAUCCUCUAGUUUGGAAUGACAUUCCAAUUAUCUGUUUGGAUAUGUGGGAGCAUGCAUAUUACUUGGAGUACAAGAACGAUAGGAGUAAAUAUGUCAAUGCUUUUAUGAAUCACCUCGUAUCUUGGGAUGCGGCAGCUGCACGCAUGGCUCGAGCGCAGGCUUUUGUCAAUUUAGGCGAACCAAAAAUCCCGGUGGCAUGA